GCUUUGGCCUCGAGCAAUUGCACGUGAUUUUAUGGGCGCUGGACAAUCCUUGAACGACGCGGACGCCGCGGACACCACCACCACCACCGCGCCGCCGCCGCUGCUGCCGCAGGCGGCCAAGAAGACCGCGCCCGAGCCGCAACAGCCGUCGCGCCGCAAGCUGCGCGCCAGCACGCUCGCCGCGCGCUCGGCCGCCUUAGCGAAGUCCCUCGUCAGCCCGCCGCCGCCGCCGCCGCCGCCGCGGCGCGCGCUCAAGAAAAAAGAAUCGACGGACGAAACCGUCGAGUCCGCGGCCGAUGCCGCCCAGCCCGCGUCGCUGCUGCAGCAGCCGAAGCUCCCGGUGGUGAAGCACCCGCGGCGCACGAAGACCGGAUGGAAGCGCGAAACCGGCAAAACGAAGGAGGAGAAGGCGGCGUACCUCUUCUUGAGGGCCUCAGACGACGAGUUCAAGCGCAUGUAUCGGCUGUACGUCGAGGUCGUCGAGGGCGACCUCACCUUGGACGAGGAGACGAGGCUGCUCGUCGAGGGACUGUUCGGCGCCUUUAAAGAGCUGCACGGGGCGCUGGCCGAGGUCGACGAGGUCCACCCGACGGACGAGCGGCUCGCCAACAUCACCAAGUGCGCGUUGCACCUGUCCGAGGCGGCGAAAGCCGUCGCGUCGAACCGCAUGACGGGCGGCUACUUCGCGGAGGCCAUCUCGGUCCUCUCCGGCGCGUCGCGGCGCGGCUUCUCUCCGAAAGAGGCGCUGGCCGAGUUCGACAAGCACCUCGAGGUGAUCACGAAGAAGCGCGAGAAUCGCGACGCCUACCUCCUCCAAACGGCGACGGACGGCCGCGGCGGCCGCGACACCAAAGGCAGAGAUAUUAGGGUGGACGCCGUGACGACUCGAGCGAUUCGCGAGGCCGGCGCGGAGCGCCGGCGCGCAUUGGCGAACGGGGAGCGCAAGCCGCGGUACGGGUCGUCGGCAACGGAGCCGACGCACACGCGGGCGCACAGGAUUGAUCUGGCCCAUAGGAAAAAGCGGGCGAAGAACCGCAGCCAUCGCUUCGCGUGCGCCCAAAACGCCAAGGCCGUCGCCACGCCGCAGUUCUGCAGGCCGCGGGGUGUUCGAGGCGACGGCAUGCCGCUCUUCAGUACCGAUUCACGUCUCGUGCCGAAGGGGCGUGACAAUCGGCCUCUCAUCGCCGAGGAGGCGGCGGCGCGCGCCGUGGAGCAUCGCGCCGAGAAGGGAAAGAAGACGCUCGCCGAGAAGGCGGCGGACCGACGCGCCGGCGGCUUGCCGGACAACGUCCGUCCUUCGAGGGCGAAGUCGCGAGCGGGCCAGUACUACGUCAGGGUCUCGGUCCUCGUGCGCAAGGGGCGGAAGGCAAAGAAGAUGAUGAGCGUCGUCAAGCCCGGCACGGACGGCUACUACGCGUCCAAGAAGGCCGCCGCGGACGUCCGCGACGAGUGGAUCAAGAAGGGGCGGCCGGAGUCGUGGAUGGCGAAGGAAGGGUUCUAGCUCGCCAAUUCAUAGCUCGCGCCCUUCGUCGGCGCCUGUGUAAUAUUCAAGAAGGAA